CAUCUUCUACCAGCAUUCAUCGCAAAUCGUUGCGACCAACUAUAUUCGCUCUUUUCUUCUUCAUCGGGGACGAUGGUUCGCAGGACAUCAUGUCGAAUUCUACGAAUUCUAGCUAUGCCAUGGAUUGUCAUGUUCGGUCUAUGGUACUUGAUGCCUUCGCCGGAGACAGACAUGUCGGAAAUGGCAAGGAUCCAUCGUCUGGAGAAAACGCUGAGAACAGGCAACGAAGUCACAGCUGUCCAUGAGAUGGGCUCCUUGGAACGAAGACGACCAAACGGAAUUUCCGUCUCCGAUUGCAGCGAUCUCAUCAUCCCGUGGCGUUUGUCCAGUCCUGUACCUGCAGCUUCAUCCGUCACAAACAGGUCCUUGUUUCUCCACUUAGACGAGAAUCAUCCAAUCAACAUAACACAGACGUUCAUCAACGCGCGGCAAUUCAACGACAAUAAGACACAACCCCACGAGUGGGUCCCGUGGUUCGAAGAUUCUCAGGAGAUCGCGCCUUAUUGCGGAUCACUUGAUCACAUGAUUAAUAUGCCCUGGUUCCAUGCUGCGGACGCAAAACUCUUCCAAAACGCCAUGCACAAUUUCCAAAGAACAUCUCCAAUCGUGGUCGUUGUCCCAAAACCCGACGUGAUUGAAGUGUGGGAAGACGCGCCGGUUCAAGAUGCAAUCCUUAUCGCCAAACACCACUCCGAGGGUGACUCUCAAAAGGAAGACGUGUACGCGCUCAGUCCAGAAGUUCAUUCGCUACUCACACGGAAUAUGUUUCAAUCUGCACUCCUUGCGCGGUUCCAAAUUCCCAGUAGUGAGGACAUGACAGAGCUAGUUCUGGAUGAUAUAUACGGCGAGUUACCUUCUGCGACAUACCCAAUACGCGCAGCACUCUUGGUCAUUCUGGCUCCUGUUUUCUCAAUCGGUUGGUUUCUACUAGAAUGGCUCCUCCCAAAAUUCAUCAAAAUAGUGCUGGCCUUAGCAAUAUGGCAUUUAGCAUUUGUGGUAUUAUCCUGGGCGUUAAAGGAACGCCAAACCCCGUUCUGGGUCUAUUUUCGAGAGCACUGGAUGAAGUUCUGGUUGUGCUACAAGAGAGAUCGGAAAGAGAGUAAAAAGGGCUAUGUCUGGGGGCCUGCUGGGCCAAUUGCAGCGAUCAAUCGCCGCAACUGGCGUCCGGCAGUUGAUGAAGAGAGUAGAAUUGGUUUGCAGAAACCGCAUUCCGUCAGGCUUGGGCGUAGCCGAAAACGAUAAGAAUCGUGGAAAUUUAUUGAUGCGUCAAAACAAUCCUUUAAAUCAGUCUGCCCCCAUGGUUCAUCAUAUAUUAUCAGCAUUAACACUUUGUUUCCAUCUAUUUGAAGCUCAUCGAAAAAUUCUUCCAUUAUGCCCACUAAUCCUCACCUUCUCAAGGCUAAAGUAACUAAGUGAGGAAACAACGGAUACCAAUUUGUCACAUUUCAGACAUAGUUACAUACAGCUUCCAACUAACACGCAUAUUGACGGUUUACUACAAGCAGGAGCCUGAUUAAUGAUAAUCUUCAUCACUGUUUAACAUGUCUUCGCUAGUAAGCUGACUCGAAUAUAAAUUCCCGUGUAUCAUAUUCUGCAAACGUGCUCCACAAGUCUUUAGUGAUAAACAGGCUAGAGAGUAGUUGCUAAACACAUUCUAAACAACACCUCAUGCCUUUGGGAAGGAGGAGAUGCAUUUUAGUCAAGUCACAGUAGCAAUAAUGAUAAUCACUAUCGCAUGGCGAUUCCUGACUGAUAGUGGUGGGAUCAAAUCCCCAGCACGUAUGAGUAUAGGC